UCUGGUAACACUACCAACGUAAAGCGUAAUGAGCCAUCGGGGUCAGGAGUACAUAGCAGUAUAGCAGUACAUAGUUUCGAAAUUAAAAGAAUUAACUUGGGAUCUGUUAAUUACGAUGUUUGAAAAUCACUCAAUGUAAAAAUGGCCGGAUUAGAAGAUUACAUCGACGAGACGGUUACGGGUGUAUAUCGAGGAAGACCUUCGAACUCUUGGAGAAGUGAAAGUAAUUACUUGAAAACAUACAAUGGACGAGAGGUUAUUCGCCCUUUAGAUGUUCUCACUGUACAUCCCCUAGCUGAAGAUAGCCCUUCUGUUGAUGAUUCUGCUAUGAGAACAUGCAUUGCCGCGGGUUGUGGUCUAGCAAGCUUAAUUACAGAAACUUUAUUAGUUCAUCCAUUUAUCGUUCUAAGGAGGCAAUGUCAGGUAAACCCUGGAUCGAACAAUUAUCACAUAAUACCAUUUACAUUGGUACCUAUAGUUAUAAGACUUCAUCAGACUCAAGGAAUAAAUACUCUUUGGAAAGGUGUUGGAUCAGUGUUGCUUGUUAAGGGAAUGAUGUUAGCUGUUGAAGAUGUAAUUUCCAAAAUUACACCAUGGCCAAAGGAAAUAACAUGGAGCAGUUCAUUGAAAGCAUUUGGUCAGCAUAUUCUUUUGAAAUGUGUAACUCUAGGCCUGGCAACGCCAUUUUUCUCUGCAUCUUUAGUUGAAACGGUACAGUCUGAAAUUGCUUCUGAAAGUCCUGGAAUAUUAGACGUCUUUCGAGAUGGUGCAAUUCGUUUAGUUGAAGUGAGCAACAAGGGUAGACUAAUACCUAUAUAUUCGCUUUUGCCACCAACUAUUGCUCACGGAAUUUGUAAAUAUCUUUUUACCAUGGCUGUCCAUGGAGUUACCAGUUACAUCAUGCAAAUUAGGCAGAAACAUUCUAAAGAAGUACGAGGUGCAUAUAGUAGAGAUUUCCUAUCCGAAGAAGCAUAUAAGAUGGAUAUACAGCUCCAGUCAGUGCUAGUUUCUUCAUUCAUGGCAGACGUAUUGUUUUAUCCAUGGGACACUGUGAUUUGUAGACUUCACCUUCAAGGUACACGUACUAUUAUCGAUAAUUUGGACACGGGACGUAGCGUAACGCCGCUCCUAACCGGAUACAGCGGAGCAAUGGAUUGUUACAAUACAAUUAUUUCUACCGAAGGUCCUCUUGGUUUGUAUAAAGGGUUUGGAGCUCUUCUUUUAGAAUAUACUGUAAAUGUGGUAGUAGCACAAGCAAUUAAAUGGGUAGUUACAGAAUUUAUAACAGCAAUAAGGCCGAAAGAAAAGUCGCCACGAAAACAGUCAUAUCGCGCGCGUAAAACAGCAGCCCGAACAGAAAUAAAUAACGAGAUUGUUUUAUUAAGACAACACGUUCGUCAGGCACGUAUCUGCGUCGUAAAUAAAUUGAUAAGAGAAGCUAAACGAUUACGUACCAAUCGUGGCAGCGAGAAGCAACUGGAAAAGAAUAAAAAUAAAGCAGAUAAAUUUUUGAGGGAGGUUUCUGCGUUAAAACGUAUCAAAGACGAUGAGAUAUCAAAAUUUGGAAUCGUUAACCUAGAAUGUCUACAAGAAAUAUUGCAGAACUCACAAACUGAGGAUGAAUCUAGGGCUAUGACCAAAGUUGUUAGUUACAAGUCUUUAAAAGAAAAAAUAAUAGCAUUUAAAGAGAAGUUUCCAGAUUAUCAAGAAAAGAUUUCUUGCGCAAAAAAGAAGCAAUCAGUCAAAAAAAGAAAACAGAAUUCUAUAGAUCAGAUCCAAGAAGAAAACUCAAAACUGUUGGUAAACGAUAGAAAUGAAGCAAAGGUGAAUAUAUAUGCAGAAGGUGAUAAAAAUUCAAUUAAUGUAACCUCCAGUGAUUGUUCACAAUAUACAACUCGACAACAAAAUGUGAAAACAGAUACAAAAUACAUUAAGCCGUCCAGAGAAACAUCAUUGUACAAACCAGAUGUAAACAAAUCUGAAAAACAGUUCAAAGGGAACGCAAAAUAUACAGAUAAGGAUCAAACAUCAAAAUCUGCAGCUAAAGUUAUUAGUAACGAGGCUGCCGUUAAAAGAUUUACAGAACUUUUGCAGGAGACAAAGACAGAGAGAAAAAAUGAUAGUUGCAAAGCAGACAACAGGCAAUCAUUAUCUAGAGAGUCAGUGGAAAUUACAAGAAUGGUAGAUGACUUUUUUCUAAAUUCGGACGAGAUCGAACCGUGUUUAAAUAUUGAAAUACAUUCGCAAGAAAGAAGCAGAAAUGUCGGUGAUAGCAAACCUAAGGCGUUCCGAGUAAAAAAUGAAAGAGAGAGAUUUUGUAGAGACGAAGCAAACGAAGAUAAAAGAAAUAAUAAAGUACGGAAAAUCAAUAACGAGGACACUUCCAACGAUAGGAACAGCGUAACGAAGCAAACAAGCGUCUCGUGUUCGAAACAAAAUAAAAUAACGUCGGUCGGAAAAGCAAACGUUGCGCAGGGAGACAUUAAGAAUAAAAAUCUUUUGGAGAAUAAAAAUCUACAUCCUUCGUGGGCAGCUAGGAGGAAACAACAGGAGAUCAUGAAACAAGGUUUUCAAGGAAAAAAGAUUCGAUUCGACGAGAUUUAAGUAAACAAAGUACAAAUUUUCAAAAAAUGGUAAGCGAGCGAUAAGAUUGGAGCGAAUAAUCGCUACUGUAUGACCAAUCGAACAACCACCAUUAUUUCAAUUAUUUCAAUUAUACCUUGUUUAAUACACUUUUAAAUAAAUCUGAUGUUGGGAAUAUGCUUAACUUUCGAGUUGUAGUGUAUAAUUCGAACCAUGUCUCGCGUUCACGGUAGCGAAGUUUGAUCUUAAAAUGUUUCGUGGUGCACGUAUUGGUUUAUUAACAAGUUCCGUGCCAAGCCCGUUUUGCUUGACUUGUCGUUCAGACCAUUUGAUAUUGCGACUAAAGAUUGAUAUAUUAUCACACAAUAUUUCAUUAUAUCAUCAAUCGAUAAGCAGUUACCUUGUUUAGAGUAGUUAUUACGUCGUGUACCACUUGUAGUACACGUGGCGCUGCGAUCAGUUCGAUUGCAAACGUCAGUCUGUUCGAAACAUCUGGACUAGUAAAGAACCUGCUGCAUUCGAAUUUGUUUUAAAUAAAAAAAGAGGCAAAUAAAAUAUUCUGUAGAGAAGGCUAUUGAUAAAAAAAAAAAAAGGAUAUGAUAUCGUAAAACCGAAACUUGUGAUUGAUUACAAUGAAGUCAAGAGUUCACAAAACUGUCAAAUGAUAUAAAAAAGUAGCAUUUGAGCGUCUCUUAAACGCAUCAGUUGUAAAUGCUUGGAUAUUAUAUAAUACUCAGCAACGGAGUCCUAUAUCAAUAGUAGAAUUUAGAAAACGAUUAGCUAAUUAUUUAUGUUACUGUGAGGAUGAAAACAACAACUCGUCUUCUGAAAUUGCGACAAACUCUAGAAAACGACAUGAAAUUAAAAAGCAAGAGGGCAAAGCGAGGACAGCUAGACAACGUUGCAGUUCUUGCUA